ACACUCCCCAAGCAGCGUCUAACACUGUUACAUUCCACCCUCGUUAUCUGCUACUAUCAUGACGGAUCCAAUUGCAUGACGGGUGCCAAGUUCGUCGGGGAGACAUGUAUCACAUUUGGCCCCCAGCUUCUACCCGAACUUUACAUGACGAACCAGUAGAAACAAGUAGGAGUCAUUCCCGUACUUUCACUCGACUUCCUGCGGUAAAUUUUACCGAAUAGAGACACAUCCCAAGGAUACACGCAAUACGUUGCGGGGUGGUGGAUUCAGCCCUACGUACGUGUGCGCCCCAAGACAGCACCACGCUAGUCCACUCUAAGGCCUGACGAUAGUCGAGUAACACUACAGACUACGCCUCUUCUUGCCACCCAUUAUGGUCAAUCUCGGUCGCUCAUGGGGCUGCAGGAUGUGCAAGCAGCGACGUAUUAAAUGCGACGAGAAUGAGCCUGCCUGCAAAAGGUGUACCAAAUCCGGAUACAUCUGCCCAGGAUACGAAUCAGAGAAGCCACUAAAGAUUCGGUUCAAGGACGAAACGGCAUUAGUGGUGCAUCGCUCGGGAUCCAACCCAACACACGUUCCAUCUCCGGCUGGUUUACAGGAGAACUUCGAGACACAGGCAUUGAACUUCUUUGUCAUGAACUUUGCGACUGCUGGGAGAGACCCAGUAUCGACUAGAGGGCUAUGGGAGAGUGUAGUCCCCACCAUAAAUGCCAGUCCAGCAAACUCACCAGUCGCGGAUGCGGUUGCAGCGGUUGGUGGCAUCCUCUUCAAUGUAUGGCGCUUAUACAAGCGUGGGCCCCAGGCAAGGAACCCUGCUUUCAUGCGUGCUAUACGCGGGCUGCGGAUACGUCUCAGAGACGGACCAAUCGAUGGUCCUGAAGUGUUGAUGACAAUCCUACUCCUGCAGUUCCAUGAGAAUGUAGCCGCCGUAUUCGGCAUGCGUGCCGCGUCUAAAAUGCAUUAUCAUGGAGCCCUUGCGCUGAUCCAGAGCUUGCCAAUAGAGAGCUUUUCGACAGUGGCCUCCCGAGGCUUGCUUCUCAACGUUCUCAGCAUCGUGGUUUCUUUAGCUAUUCGCGAAUGCCAACCGGUCGAUCCGGGUCUGAUCCCUUGGUUUACUUCAUUGCCAUAUACCAUGCCCAGAACCCCAGUGAUGAAGCUCAACUGGAUAGGGAUCUCGGUGGCGAAUAUUCAACAUAGUUUCCAGGGUCUUCUAAAAAGUCAUCCCCAGUGUUCGAGCGAGCGAUGCUCACAUAGGGUCGAUAUUGCUAUGAUAUACGCCGCGAUUCUCGACUUCCAAAAGGCAUCCUCGGAAUGGCUGAACAACCUCCCAGAACACUGGCUGCCACAAACAUGGACACCAUCACCCGAAAUGCCAAAGACUCACAUUCCGAUGUACCGAGAAACAUGUGAAGUUUACCCAUCGGUUCAAGUCGCCUCUGUCUUCAACACUUACCGCGGCUUUCAACUUAUCAUCAAUAAAAUAUUGAGUAUAAUGCAGACCCAUGGCUGGCUCGAGCCUCAUAUGGGUCCCCAAGGUGUGAGCGAGACUAUUCAGUCAGUCGUAGACUCUAUGUGCUACUCCAUCCCCUUCUACCUCGGCGACCGCGACGGCACACUUUAUAUCACGGAUCUCACCAAUCCAAGAACGGACAUUAUAUACCCUGCAUACUACAACAUGAAGGACCCACCAAUCGCGAAGGAGCACAUUCUUACCGAGGAAGUCCAUAGGAAGCACGCCACUGCAUAUGGUGCCUGGCACUCCAUGUAUCCAUUGUCACUACUUCUCGGACUCUUCGGAAACCACGCGGGGUACGACUGUGACUGUCUUCAGAGAGCGAUUCGCCCGGGUCAGCUCAUAUGGAUCGGAUCACAGCUCUUCCGCACGAUGAAGAUGUACGCCUUGGACGGAGGCAUGAGUGUGGCGCCAGAUAAUCCGGAGGAAUGCGCAAAGGCGGUGCGUCGUGCUUUGAGGUUCGUAUAUCAAGAGUGUUUCAAUCAGUCGCUGGGCUUUCCAGAUGACGAGGGAAGCCUCAACAUUCCCAUCGGCGGCCUGGACAGCUACCUGAAGAUGCCUGAGCUGGUAUGGGGCCAGAAGGUCUGGGACCAGUGAGGAGGUAUGUUGUAGAGGCAGAAGAGCACGGCUGACUCGACAUUUGCAGGUCAAUGGCUGGGUUGUAGCGGGUGCUGGCACAUCCUCUCGCUGGAGAUACUUUUCGCUGCUCCCAAUCCGCGGAUAAGACUAAUGAUAGAAACGUACAAUGGGCGGGAAUGUGUCUCAUUUUGGUGCGCGAAACCAUUCAGAGACUACGCAAAUAUGCCAUCUGGGGUUGAAAUUGCUAUGUGAUGCGGACUUGGAAGUUGAUUCUGA